AUGUCACCAACAAUCCUCGUCACAGGAGCAACCGGCGCUCAAGGCAGUGGAGUCGUAAAACAACUCCUCGCCCAAAACAUCGCAGUCCACGCCUUCGUACGUGACCCAACCUCACCCGCCUCACUCGCCCUCCAAACCGCCGGCGCCAUCCUCUUCAAAGGCGACUACGACGACGUCCCCUCCAUCACGGCCGCCAUCCAAGGUUGCACUGGCGUCUUCCUCAACACCUUCCCCAGCUUCACCGACCCAGACGGCGAAGGCCACCAAGCCGAAAACUUCAUCACCGCCGCCCACGCAACCGGCACCGUAACAACAUUCAUCGCAAGCACGGUGAUGCGGCCCACCGAGGAACAACUAGCCGCCGUAGGAACCCAAUACCCAUUCGUAUCUUACUACUACAAACAGAAGAAAGGCGUUGAAGACCGCGUCAAGAACGCUGGGUUCAAGUACCAUACCAUUCUCCAGCCGGGGUUUCUGAUGUACAAUUUCAUCGCCCCGACUACUAUGUACCAUUUCCCCGACUACCCAACCACACACAUCAUGAAAGCGCACUGGGGACCUGAUUUCGAAAUAGAACUCUUUGACCCGGCGGACGUAGGCAAAUUCGCUCUCGCGGCGUUCCUCGACCCGGGUUCUUUCAACGGGGAAACGCUCUACCUAGUCAACGAGAGUCUGACUACUGAUCAAGUCGCUGUGAAGAUCAGUAAGGCGACAGGAAUUGAGAUUGGGACGGGCUUUUAUAGUGAGGAGGAGACGAAGGCGGUGUUGGACGCGGGCACGUUUCCAACGGCGCAGAGUCAGAGGUUUUUUGAUGGGCAUAGGGCCGAACCUAAGGGGAAACAUCUUGAGAAAUACGGGAUUGAAAUGGGGACGUUGGAUGGGUAUCUUGUGAGGGAGAAGAAUGCUUUUUUGAAGACGCUUGGGGUUGGGAAGGAGGAUUGA